CAACAUAUGGGUGCAUGUGUACUGUGGUCCGUACUCAGCCAGAGCAUGUGGUGUAAUUCGUCAGCGUCUUUGAAAUAACGCCUGCUCGCAAGCAGCCUCCACCCACUGCACUCGCCCUCCUCCUUUCUCUGGCAAUGGCUUCCAGCAGCAGUCUUUCGUUGGCGUCGGAUUUGCAAUUGGGUGUUGGAGGAAUGGCGUCGAAUCCGACUCUCCUUUGCGUCCCCUUGGUGUCGAAAUCCGUCGAACAGAUGGUGGUGGAGAUGCGCCAGGCAAAGGCCAACGGUGCCGAUCUCGUCGAAAUCAGAUUGGACCAUCUUGCGAACUUCCAGCCUCGUACCGAUCUCGAAAUCCUACUCAAAGACCGACCGUUGCCGGCUUUGAUGACUUAUAGGCCGAAAUGGGAAGGUGGUCAGUAUGAAGGUGAUGAAAAUAAGCGAUUUGAUACACUCCUUUUGGCCAUGGAAUUGGGAGCUGAGUAUAUUGAUGUUGAGCUCAAGGUCGCUCAUGAAUUUAUGAGUUUUAUUUCUGGAAAGAAGCCUGAAAAUUGUAAGUUGAUUGUUUCUACUCAUAAUUAUCAAAGUACUCCAUCUCUUGAGGAACUUGGCGACCUUGUGGUAAGGAUACAAGCUGUUGGAGCUGACAUAGUUAAGAUAGCAAUGAUGGGCACGGACAUCACUGAUGUGGCACGUAUGUUUCAAACACUAGUUCAUUGCCAGGAUAUGCAAGUUCAUGCCACCACAUCUUGCCGGCCAUCUACUGAUGUGUUCCGACUUGAGGGUGAUGCUCCUGUCAUUAAUAAGGUUCCAAUUAUAGGGUUGGUUAUGAGCGAGAGGGGUGUGAUUUCACGGUUGCUCUGCCCAAAGUUUGGUGGAUAUCUUACUUUCUGCACACUCGAUGCGGGGAAAGAAUCAGCUCCUGGCCAACCAACAUUAAAAGAUUUAAUGAAUGUGUACAAUAUAAGACAGAUUGGGCCCGAUACAAAAGUUUUUGGAAUCAUCGGGAAGCCUGUAGGUCAUAGCAAGUCACCAAUUUUGCAUAACGAAGCAUUUAGAUCGGUUGGUGUCAAUGCAGUUUAUGUGCCUUUCUUGGUGGAUGACUUGGAGAAUUUUCUCAACGUCUAUUCUUCCCCAGAUUUUGCUGGAUUCAGUUGUACAAUACCUCACAAGGAGACUGCAGUUAAAUGCUGUGAUGAGGUUGACCCGAUUGCAAAGGCUAUAGGAGCUGUGAAUACCAUUAUUAGGAGGCCAAGUGAUGGUAAAUUAAUUGGUUACAACACCGAUUAUAUAGGCGCUAUUUCUGCUAUCGAGGACGGAAUAAGAGGUUCAAAUAAUUCAGGGCCACAUGCAGUCAGUUCGCCCCUAGCAGGUAGACUCUUUGUUGUCAUUGGAGCUGGUGGUGCUGGUAAGGCACUUGCUUAUGGUGCAAAAGAAAAGGGAGCAAGAGUUGUAAUUGCCAACCGCACUUAUGAACGAGCUAGAGAGCUUGCCAAUAUAAUUGGAGGAGAAGCUCUCACUCUGGCCGAAUUAGAUAGCUUCCACCCAGAGAAUGGCAUGAUCCUUGCAAAUACAACAGCCAUGGGAAUGCAUCCAAAAGUCGACGAGACACCCAUAUCUCAGCACGCACUGAGCUCCUAUGCUGUGGUUUUCGACGCGGUCUACACCCCGAAAGUGACCAGACUCUUGGGAGAAGCAGAGUCUGCUGGUGCAACCGUAGUGAGCGGAUUGGAGAUGUUCAUAAGGCAGGCAAUGGGGCAGUUCGAAUUGUUCACGGGUUUGCCAGCGCCUGAGAAGCUAAUGCGGGAAAUUGUGUUGAGAAAUGUGUAGCUGAAUUGUAUGUUUUUAAUGUUUCUGCAGUGGAUACAAACUGUAUUUGCUGAUUUUUACUUGAGCCAUGUAAUUACUAUUUAAUUUUCCUGCUUU